UCCUCCCCGAGCUGUCCAAUAGAGUCCAUGUGUCUUACUAGUUACUGAUAAAUGCGUUAAUUGUUAAUAUAUCUAGCGUUCUCAGCGGUUGCCUUCAAAUAUUUUGGUGUUGAUUUCUCUCAGCAACCAUCUGGUGAAAUAUGCUGCGUAUAAGAUCGGCUGUCUGUCAGUCGUGGAGGGGAUUUAAAACCUUCCCAUGUGCGGCUGUUGAAGUAAAGAAUGAGCCCAUUUUAGGAUUCAAGGAGGGCAGCACAGAGAGGAAAGAACUUCUGAAGGCCUUGGGUGAUUUAAAGGGGAAGACAGAGGAGAUUCCUUGUGUCAUUGGAGAUGAACAAGUUUGGACCAAAGACAUCAGAUACCAGUUAUCACCCUUCAAUCAUUCGCAUAAAGUGGCCAAGUUCUGCUAUGCUGAUAAGGAGUUGCUCAACAAAGCCAUCUUGGCAUCUGUAGCGGCUCGGAGAGAAUGGGACUUGAAGCCUGUCCAGGACAGAGCCCAGAUCCUCUUCAAGGCAGCCGACGUUAUCAGCGGACCAAAGAGAGCUGAGAUCCUAGCCAAGACCAUGAUCGGACAGGGUAAAACUGUGAUCCAGGCUGAGAUUGAUGCAGCUGCAGAGCUGAUUGACUUCUUUAGGUUCAACGCCAAACAUGCCAUUGAACUGGAGGAGCAGCAGCCACUAGACAGCGAUGGCAGCACCAACACUAUGCUCUACCGGGGCCUCGAGGGUUUUGUGGCAGCUGUCGCCCCUUUUAACUUCACUGCUAUAGGUGGAAAUCUGGCUGGUACUCCAGCUCUGAUGGGUAAUGUAGUACUGUGGAAGCCUAGUGACACAGCCAUGUCUGCGAGCUAUGCUGUUUAUAAAAUCCUACGGGAAUGUGGCCUGCCCCCUAACAUCAUCCAGUUUGUUCCAGCUGAUGGACCAGUGUUCGGAGACACCAUCACCUCCUCUGAGCACCUAGCGGGCAUCAAUUUCACCGGCAGUGUCCCGACCUUUAAGCGUCUAUGGAAACAGGUAGCCCAGAAUCUGGAUAUCUACAGGAAUUUCCCCAGGGUAGGAGGAGAAUGCGGUGGGAAGAACUUCCACUUUGUUCACAAGUCUGCGGACGUUCACAGUGUGGUGACCGGUACCAUUCGCUCAGCAUUUGAGUACGGAGGACAGAAGUGCUCAGCCUGCUCCAGGAUGUAUGUACCAGACACCAUGUGGCCCGAGAUCAAGCAAGGGCUCUUGGCCAUCCACAAACAGAUCAAACUGGGAGAUCCCGUGGAAGACUUAAGCACUUUUUUGUCAGCUGUGAUAGAUGACAAGUCUUUUGCACGAAUUAAGAAAUGGCUGGAUCAUGCCAAGUCCUCCCCUAACUUGACCAUCAUCGCUGGGGGAAACUAUGAUGACAAGAAAGGCUACUUUGUUGAGCCCACCAUCAUUGAGACAAAAGACCCACAGGCUACUAUCAUGAAUGAGGAAAUCUUCGGGCCUGUUCUGACAGUCUAUGUUUACCCAGAGAAGAACUACAAAGAAGUACUACAGCUGAUAGACAACACAUCUCCCUAUGCCCUGACUGGAGCAGUGUUUGCCCAAGACAAGAGUGUUGUUGAUGAGGCUGCUAAGGCCCUGAGAAACGCUGCAGGGAAUUACUAUGUCAAUGACAAGUCCACCGGCUCCAUUGUCGCUCAGCAACCAUUUGGCGGCGCCAGGGCCUCAGGAACCAAUGACAAACCCGGCGGGCAACACUAUGUUCUGAGAUGGACGUCACCACAGGUAGUCAAGCAGACACACGUCCCGCUCAAAGAAUGGAAGUACCCCUACAUGGGAUGAGGAGGAAUGACUGUACUGUAGACCUGUCCAAGCCCAGGCUUCUCCCUUUAUAAGAUCUCUUUCCAGCUGAAGAGGCGGGGAUGAAAUUAAGACAGAUCAUCAUCUUAUUUUCAUCCAAGUGUGGUCAUGCCCUCCCCCUGCAAACACAAACACACACACACACACACACACACACAUUCACACAAACAUACAUACUGAUACACAUUUACUCUAAAAUAUGCUUGCACUGAACCUAGACAUGAAUAAGAAUGUGAUUUUUCUGAAAUGAAAAGGUGGUCCCGCAGCGCCUCCUAGUGGCUCUGGCAGGCUUAGUGGUUUGUCACACUGACUGAGGGUAGGAGGGUGUGUGGUGCUACAGUCUGGCCUCCAUGGCCCCACACAGUAUCCAAAGUGGCUUACAACUCAGUGUAUUUAGUUUUAUGGUGUUUUCACACCUACGAAAGUCCUGGAGAAUAGUUGCUGCUGUUUCCCCACUAAUGCUAACCUUUUGAGAAAUCAAAGAAGAGUGCCACACUUAAGUGGACUUUUCAUCCUAACAUGCCGGUUUGAUCAAGUCAGGUCAAGUUAAUUUUAUUUGCAUAGCCCAAUAUCACAAUUUACAAAUUUGCCUCAAGGUCACAGUUAGUUUCCAGCGUCUAAAACAAAUUGUUACAUUAUGAUGUUAGUACUGCGUUAAAUUUCAGGUUGUUGUUUUGUUUUGUUUUUUUGUUUGUUUUUGUUUUAAGAAAACAAACAAUCUGCUAAUGGGAUAGGGUUAUAUUGCUGGUUUUCUAACACGUCACAUUGUUUCGGAAAUGUCUUGAUGGUUGUGGACUUGUCAGAGUCAGAAUUCAAGUCACGGUCUUUAUUUUUGUUACUUAUUUGGUUUGUUGGUUGUUUGUGUUUUUUGCUUCUUCUGAGUAAGUUUCCAUAUGGAGAGAAAUUGACUUGGUGGCUUUCUUACAUUGAGCACAGAAGACAAGCUAACUAACAUGUAUAUCCAAGUGGGAAAGAUAAUAAAUGGGAAAAUGGUACAUGCUAAACUAGAUAAAAAAAGUCAGUAGGUGUCAAUAUAAACCAGAUAUUUUAGAAGUGCCCGUUUGGUUUCAGAUAUUGAUGCUUGUGUCUGGAAAAUGCCUGAAAUAAGGUGAAGCUCCUUUGAAUGCAAAAUGAUCUCAUCCCUUUGGUAGAAAUAUUUGUGUAAAGACACUAGAGUGAAUAUGAAACUUGUUUCUGGCAGUUUUUGCAAUGUGCUACACAAUGGGUGUUACUAUCAUUGAGAACACACAAUUAUUUUAGUAUCAAAGUUAAAAACAUUAAAGUCUCAUUCAAUCAUUAGCAAAAAGGAGAAAUGUAAUUUAGCUUGUGAUUCUCUCAUUAUCAUAAAAGUUUGUUUGGAGGAGAGGAAUCUCAUUUCAAAAUGAGUCUUAUGUCCUGACUAGCUUGGUGGUUGUAUCGGUGAAGCAUCUCAUCCACGUAAACUUUCUUCUCUGGCAAAAUGAUGCUUGUAUUACACUGGACAGCUUGACUGACAUGCAUCCUCUUUCUAAUAGCAUUAGCAAAUAAUGCUUAUUUUUUGUUUUAAACUUCCUUGGAGUGUUAGAUGGGAAAGGCUACACUUACGUAAUUCUGUGUCAUACAUAUAUCCCACCCAUCUAAUACUACAUGCAAAUUUACAAACGAGAACAAAAAAUGAUUUGCAGUGCUAAUGUGGUCUAGGCUGAUCUGUCAGGGGAAUGGUUUAGGCGUAACACAGGAAGUGCCCGAGCCAUAAACUAACAAACACUGUAUUUCCCAUGUGAUCCAUGUUUUUAUUCAUUAGCAUCAGGAUACAUGGCUCACUGUCUGUUUUUAAAAUAUUUCUGUCUGUGAAAUAUUUCAACGCACCAUUUUCACUGGUUAAGUGCUAUGUGGAUCCACAGUGUGUGGAUCCACAGUUUGUGGCUUGGGCCAUUUCAAUUGGGACUGUAUGAUGGGCUGUUUUUAUGAAGUUGGAAAAAAAGAGCAGAAGGAGCUAAUAUGGUAUUUUCUUAAAAUAAUUUUCUAUUUUAAAUCUCCUGUCUUAUUAAAACAUGCAGCUGAUUUACUAACUUCAUAAUGUGCCUGUUUUGAUGAUAAACUAUGAAUUUAGUUUGGUAAUGCAUUUUUGACAAUAUUAAAUUAUUAUCGCCACCAUUUGUUUAUGAUGUGUAUGAGCUUAUUUUAUGCCUUGUUAAAAUCACUGAUGGUUUCUUUAUUUUAUUUUUAUUUUGAAAAAGCAUUCAUUUCACAUCACGUCAUUGCGAGGAGACUCAGGUAGUAUCACGUACAUUCAAAACAAAAAGUUUUACAGCAUGUUUGGUAAUCAUUUAACUGCCUGGCUCUUCCACGGGUUUUCUUUUAUAACCUUAAGUUUAAUUGUUUACAUUUGAA